AUGUGCAAAAUCGCAAAGGAUUCCUACAGCGAACAAUUCACCAACCGCACAAGUUUGCACACAAAUAUUGAAGUUCAAGCGGAAGAGGUGGACAAGGAAAUCGAAGAAGCGCUUCGCAAGUCGCCACUAGCACAUAUCGAAAUCGCUUAUGAUCAGCUUCGGCAUGCCAUUAAAACAUUAACGGACAAAAGUUCCUGUGGUCUAGAUGGAGUAUCAAACAAGAUACUCAAACUUUUACCACCAAAUCAUGUGACAACAGUCCACUCAUGUAUGAACAAUUUUGCAGGUACAUUGAAAACACCUGCUAACUGGCACAUUGCUCGAAUGAUCUUGCUGUCGAAAACCAAAUUAAAAAAAUCUAUGAAACUCGGCCUAUCUCAUUACUGUCGUGCUUCUCACAGAUCUACGAAAAAUGUUUUAUGA